GUCGGGUGCCCAGGUUGGCUAGGGACAGCGGUGCUCUGUACUUAGCCGAGCCGGGAGGCUGGCAGGGCCCUGUCGUACCGUGAGCGUUGGCCUGCGCCGCCGGCGCAGUCCCCUUGCUCCGCCCCGUUUGCCUGGGGGAGAAACGACGGCGUUUGUGCCCGUCCGCUGUAAUUAGGCUGUGGUUUUGAACUCCCAGGUUUCUGUAGUAUCUUGCAGCUUCCAGCAAGACUUUGAAAGGCUUUGAUUGGGUUGGAAAAGGCUCGCGGAAUUUUGGAAAUGUCCAUUCUUCCUUAUCUGACAGUUCUCCGCUGAAUCUACAGCUUAUCUUUCAGUCGUCUUAGAGAUAAUAAAGCGUUCAUCAGCAAGAGCUCGGGUUCCACUGGCAUUUGGAACGUUUUACAGAAAAGCAAACUUUUGCGUCAUUAGAGUUACUUUAAUGGCAGUCAUGGUGAAUUUUGCCCAAGCUGUGCGUGAUCACUGGGUUCACAUCUUUGUUCCCUUGGGAUUUGUGAUUGGAUGCUACUUGGACAGAAGGAACGAUGAGAAACUAUCUGCCUUCAGAAACAAGAGCUUAUUGUAUAGAAGAGAGUUGAAGCCUGGUGAAGAAGUUACAUGGAAAUAAAGGCUGCUGAUGAAAUGGAAGAUACUUUUGUUUGAUUCAUCAUCUUAUCUCAUACUUUGAAAGAAUAAAGUUCUUGAGAGAAUAUGUAAAGCUACAGAGAAGGACACCUGCAAUUCAUCAGUGCUAGUUUAAUUUCCAGCCUUACUUUUUGGAAGAUGAUUUAAUUUCAUGGCUAAGAUGUAUCCAGGAAUUCCAUUAGUCCCUAAGUUUUGAGAAACUUUCGUCCCCAGAAGCCACGGUCUGGAGACGAAAGGAAGAAUGAUGUAAUAAAGAAAAACUAUGCAAAAAUAA